AUGACCACCAGAGCGAUGAACCCUCUGGAUCCUAAUUCCUUUAAGCAUAGAUUUUCCUUCGUUAACGGGAUCACAUAUCAUUAUGUGGAUGAGGGAAAAGAGGAUAGCGAUAGUAUAAUUCUUUUACACGGAUUUCCCGAUUUAUGGUACGGCUGGCGUUACCAGAUACCUCAUUUGGUGUCCAAAGGAUAUAGAGUGAUAGUUCCCGAUCUUCGUGGCUAUGGUCAAACGGAGGCUCCAAAGUGCCCGCCCAAUGAUUUGCACAUAUAUGGAUUCAAGAAUGUUUGCAAGGAUUUAACGGAAUUGAUGAGCCAGUUGAAAAUCAAGAGUUCAAUAUUUAUCGGACAUGACUGGGGCGGUUUCUUGGCAUGGCGAAUGUGCAUUCAUCAUCCGGAACGGGUUAAGGCUGUGCUCGAAGUUAACGUGAGAUUUUCCUUGCAGCAUUUGCACCCCUUACACGCCCCCAAACGAGAAUUAUAUUGCACUCGAAUCAGUGGCAGAAAUUCUUCCGAAUCUGCAAUACCAAGUUUAUUUGUCGCACCCGAAGGCCGAGAUCGAAUUAGACAGCAAUGUUCAAAAUCGGAAGCUUAUCUCAAGGCCGUAUUUCGCUCUUCGCAACCAGAAGACUAUGUUCAACUGUUUGAUGGAAAAAAUAUGAUGGGAAAUCUCGUCGAUGGUUUGCAAAGGAGUCCUUUGAUCAGUCAGCAGGAAUUAGAUUACUAUGCAGCCCAGUACAAGAAUCAUGGCUUUCACGGUGGUCUAAAUUGGUAUAAGACGAGAAAGGUUAAUUAUCAGGAUGAGAAAGGUGCCAGAAAGCAGAUACACAAUCAAGCUCUUAUGAUCACUGUUGGCAAAGAUUUGCACAUACCUCCCAGCAUGUCAAAUAAUAUGCAUAAAUUUUGUAAGGACCUAACUGUCAAGCAUAUCGAAGACGCGGGCCAUUGGGUAAUGAUAGAGAAACCCCAGCAGCUUCAUGAAUACCUAGACGAAUUUUUAGAGAAUGUAAAAAAUAAGGAAUUAAAUGCAGCUGAUAGGAAAGGGAGGAAGGCGAGAUUAUGA